AUGACCACACCGCGAGAGGCUCUGGAAAGCAAGGUCGCUUCCUUCGCGAUUCUUGGCAGCCUGAAGCGCGCUGCCGCCGAGGACGACGAGGAUGUUGAUGAGAAUCACGAGUAUACGCGUGAGGAGCGAGACCGCGAGCGGCGCAUGCGCUUCUUUCGGCCGGCCCCGCAGCUUCCAACAGAGUCAACCUCCGCAGCACGUCGCGACAGGACCGUCGCAGGCACGCCGCAACAUGCGACCGAGACACCUAGGAGAGUCACGUCGGCUCCGCACGGCGUCAUCGCGGCCACGCAGAGUGCCGUAGCCACAGCGCGUGGUGGCCGCCUCGGCGCGCUGCUCACCGCCGAGCCUGGCUCCACGGAAGGCGAGACCGUCAUACCGGACACGGUUGCUCGACCUCCUGCGGACAAGGCCUCGCUUCUCCGGCGCAGCGACUCGACGCCGCUCCCACCCCCGGGGAAGUCUCUCAUUGCCGAGGCGUCGCCUUCACUGCAGGUCGGCGCCAUGAGGAAGCGCAAGCGCGGAUCCACAGGAGACAAGCUCCGCCCGGAGCGGGAACAGGUCCUCAAGGGUCUCUCGUUCUACUACAUCCCCAACGACGACAUCGCGCCGGCGCGCCGGCUGCGCAUCAACAAGGCGCGCGAGUACGGGGCCACAUGGACUCGCAGCGCGGUGGGUGCGACGCACGUGGUCGUGGACAAGGCCAUAGAGUACAAGGACGUGGAAAAGGUGCUCGCGGGUGCGGGGCUGGGCGAGGGCAGCGGCGGGCUGCGGCCAAAGGUCGUGAGCGAGGACUAUCCCAUCGACUGCAUCCAGUUUCGGACGUUGCUCGACUGUGGGCAGAGCAAGUAUCGCAUCGCAGGGCAGCCGGUUGAGCCUUGCGCGGACGAACACACCAUGGGAAAGGGGGUACCGCCAAGCUCGGAGGAGUCGACGACGUCGCUGCAGGUGAAGGAGAAGAGACCCACUGAUCCUAAUCGAUGGGACUAUGUGCCGCCACCGGGCACGCCAUCAAGGAGCGAAGAGUCGUCGCACAAGGGCGGAGCGGGAACGACGGCGCCAGACGACUCUCAACCUGUCGUGCUGGACCUUGGCCAACCGGCAAAUCAACUAGAGGAAACUCCAGCCGCUGCGCCUCACAGCAAUCCCACUGAGCCUGCGACGGAAAAGGACGAACUAUCUAGUUACGUGGCGAUGAUGCAAGAGUUUAAGGACCUCCCACUGGAUCACGACGACGAUGACGACGAUGACACGCGAUCGACUGCCGGAAACACAAACAUAGAGUCGGACAGCGAUGAGCACGAAGCAUCUGAAGCCGAGGACACGCGCGGGCGGGGAGGGAAGAAGUCACGCCUGAGGUCCAAGACCAAAGACACCAAGUUCGAGGACCGGUUCGCAUGCAACACGGCCGGCGAACUAAAGGCGAGCGCAGACAACCCCAAUGCGAGAACGAUAGAGGUGCUACAGAGCAUGGCAGAUUACUACGACCGGGUCAACGAUCACUGGCGGCUGAUGGGGUAUCGCAAGGCCAUCGGCACGCUCAAGCGGCAGGGCGUCAAGAUCUGCACCGAGGAGGAGGCCUUUCGGCUGCCGCACAUCGGACGGCGACUCGCGCAGAAGAUUGAGGAGAUUGUGACGACCAACAAGCUGCAGCGACUCGAGUACGCGGAAAAGGACCCUGGGGACGAAGUACUGCAGCUCUUCCUGGGCGUCUACGGCGCGGGGACGAACCAGGCGCAGCGAUGGAUCGCCAAGGGGUACCGCACGCUCGAGGACCUGGCGCAGCGGGCGUCGCUGACGGCGAGCCAGCGCAUCGGGGUGGAGCACUACGCGGAGCUCAACGCGCGCAUGCCGCGGCGCGAGGUGGAGGCGCUCGCCGACGUGGUGCGGCGGGCGGCGGCCGUCGUGGACCCGGAGGCGGAGCUCGUGGUCGGGGGCAGCUACCGCCGGGGCGCGGAGACGUGCAGCGACAUCGACUUCAUCGUGACGCGGUGCGGGACGAGCACCUGCGCGGAGCUGCGGCCGCUGCUGGACGCGCUGGUGCGGCGGCUCGAGGGCGACGGGUUCCUGGUGGCGCGGCUGGCGUCGUCGUGGUCGUCCAAGGACGGCAGCAAGUGGCACGGGUGCUGCGCGCUGCCGCUGCCCAGCGGUGAGGGCGCGGGCGCGAGCACAAGCAAGGGUCCGUGGCGGCGCAUCGACUUCCUGCUGGUGCCGGAGACGCAGAUGGGCGGCGCGCUCAUCUACUUUACGGGCGACGACGUGUUCAACCGGAGCAUGCGGCUGCUGGCGUCCAAGAAGGGCAUGCGGCUGAACCAGCGGGGGCUGUUCCGGGACCCGGACCCGGGCGGCGGCCGGAGGUGGUCGGGGACCGGGACGGCGGCGGCGGGGGGCGGGCUGAGGAAGCCGCCGGUGGGGGAGGAGCUGCUGCUGGAGGGGCGGGACGAGAGGAGGAUCUUUGAGAUGUUGGGGGUGCGGUGGAGGGAGCCGCAUGAGCGGUGGUGCAGGUGA